UUUUAAUGGAAACACAAAUCCACAGGAUCUUCUCUAUGUAGACACUGCUCCACAGGAGCUUCUCUAUGGAGAUUUGGCUUUAUAGGUGCUUGUGUAUUGAGAAAACUCCACAGAAGCUAUGGAAACACAGCUAUUCAAGAGGUUCUCCAUGGAGACUCAGCUCCACAGGUGCUUCUCUAUCAAGAGACACAGAUCGAUAUGAGCUUCUCCAUGGGGACACACCUCCACAGGAGAUUCUCCAUGGGGACUCAGCUUCUUCAUUAGGAGAUGGUAGAAAAGCCCAGUUCCAUCACUUGGAUCUGCCAUGCAUCCAAAUCGGGAUCAGGAGUUGGACGCGUAAAAGGGAGGAGCGAGCGGUGGGUUUUUACCAAGUUGCACGCAAAUACACACACACACACACACACAGAGUGAGACAGAGACUCACGCAGCAGGAUGUGUUGUGGAAGCGCACUCUCGUUUCGCAGUUGAAGUUCCAGAAGCGUCCGCCUCGUGUCCGCUUUGCACCGCGGCGUUUUAUGGACCUUUCCUUCCCCCGAACCGCGCGAUGGCGAAGAUCCGGGUCUCGUACGAGUACUCGGAGGCGGAGGACCGCAGCAUUCGGCUCGGCCUCUUCCUAAUCGCGUGCGGCGUGCUGUCGCUCUUCAUCCUGUGCCUGUGCUGGCUGAAUCCGGCGCUCCAGAGUCUCCGCAGCCGCCCGGCCAACUGCACGGUGCUGAGCGUGCGGCGCCUGGACGAGCGCUUCGAGUGCGUGUUUACGUGCGGAGCGGACUGCCGCGGUACCUCACUCUACCCCUGCCUGCAGAUCUUCGUCAACAACUCGGCGUCCGGCGCCACCGCGCUGCUCCACUACGACGAGCAGCAGCUGCUCCUCAACCCCAAGGUUUCUCAACCUGGUCCUCCUCCUGAUCCUGCCUCUGCCCUAUCCUGCACAUCUUGUUCUUACGUUCCCAAAUGCGAGCGAGAUAACCAGAAGAUGCGAGAGGACAUCCUAAGGUUACAGCACUACUGGAGUGAAGAGGGAAGUAACCAGUCCUUCACCUGCUUCUUCAAUCCCCAGAGGAGCGAUCAAACAGGAAGCCUGGAAGAGGAAUCUGGGCAUGCUUCGCUUCCAGAAUGCCAGAUGAUGUGCUAUGGCAGCGUUCCCAUGAUGUCAGUGUUCUUCUUCACUGCGUGCUGUGGCCGAUGCUGAGUCUGCUGGUCGGGACGCUCAUCGUCCUCCUCACCGUCUGCGCUCGCAGUUUGGCCGUGAGAGCCGAGGCCAUUCAGAAGCGGAAGUUCUCCUAGGAGCGAAGCGCUGCGGGGACUGACAAGACAUUCGUUUGGCUUCUGAGGUGCGCCUGCACACCGCUUGCAAAGCUGUGGAGCAUCUUAAGCUGAAACCCAUGUGUUCUAUGUGGGGCUGAAAGCCCACGAGAGUGUGGGCACUUCUGGCAUGGUGUCACUGGCUCUUGAAAGUCGGGAUUACUUAGGCCUAGCUGAGGACAAUCGAUCAUUUUAAUAGGAGUAGAAUUACCCAUGCGACGCUUGUUGGUUUUGUUUGUCGUAGGUGUGGAUGGAAUAUAAAAACAAAAAACAAAAAACACAAUGUAUUUAAGUGGUAAUUGUGGUCUAUUAAAGCCAUAUAGACAAAUGACAUAGGCUACACAAGGCAACAUCAUGUUGUUCUUCCUCACUUCAGUUUUCAGUGCUCGUCUCGUCGUCUGUAAUUUCCGUAACAUUCCCUGCAUUUGCGUGAUCUGUGCCUGUAUUAGCUAAGCUUCAGGCUAAGCUCUCAUUAGCACUGACUGAUGUCUUUUAAGUAGCAUUCACUAAUGUAGCAAGAAACGAAAUGUUGUCCGUUGAGUAGCCACUUUUUCUACCUCUUCUGCGUCUCAUUUAUCAGCGUUAACGUUCCUCAGUCCAAGCAUUUCCCCGUCUUUUAGCUAAUCAUCAAUGAUGCGUGUCUGUUUCAAACUGCUUUACCAUAGCUAGAGAUGCUACAACCGUGACUUUCUUGUUCCGUGAAUAUCCGCCUUGACACGAGGCACCGCAAGGCAUAUUAAUGUCGCUCAAACACCACAGUGUGGAACAAAACAAAUGCUAAUAUAUAUGAGGGGAAAUUAUAUUUCCACAGCAAAAAAAUUAUUAGUGAUACAGACUUUGUUGCAUUGUCUGUACAUUUCCUCCCUCGGCUAGUUUUUAAUAUUCUGACCCGUAGCGCUUUGUGAAUCCCUUUGUCCCGACUAGCCUCGGCUCGAACGUCAUCCCACAACGCAUAAUGAAUUUCUCUUCACCUCAAAAUGUCCCCUGGAGUAUUCGCAGCGCUGCUCCCGAGAUCCCUACUUAAUAAAAAAUAACAGGAAGCAGGAUAAUUAAGUUUGGGGGGGGAUGAGAUAAUUAAACCAUGGCCA